AUGAAGAACAAUCUUCGUUGCGUGCAAUGGCGAGAGUCGGUGCUUCACACGCAGACGGUGGAAGGUGUCUUUCGAAAACACAUGCAGGCCGUGGUGGAUCCUUUGUUCAAGACCUUCGCAGAAGGACGACCUUUUUUGACGCCAGAGGAGUGGUUUCGCAUGUUGGACUGCAUGGAGAUCUUCCCAUGCAGUGGCACUGAAUUGGACAGCGACGCCCAACAGAUGAACGCCUGGGAUCGGGUCGGCCGAGCCGAUUUCGGGAUAGUUUCUGCCGGGCUCGUGGGAAGAAUCCGAGGUCAAUGUGGAUUUCACCCAAAAUUGUGA